UUAAGUCCUGCAGCAUUUCCUCCUGCUUCUACUCUGAGGCUGCAGGAGACCAUCCGCCACCAUGUCCGACCAAGGAGUCAUCGACACCAACGUGGUCACCGUGACCCGAUUCGUUAUGGAGGAGGGCAGGAGGGCGAAAGGCACCGGGGAGCUGACGAGGCUGCUGAACUCUCUGUGCACGGCGGUGAAGGCCAUCUCCAGCGCUGUGCGUAAAGCUGGGAUCGCUCAUCUUUUUGGCAUUGCCGGCAGCACCAACGUGACGGGGGACCAGGUGAAGAAGUUGGACAUUCUUUCCAAUGACCUGGUCAUCAACAUGAUCAAGUCGUCUUUUACCUCCUGUGUGAUGGUGUCUGAGGAGAACGAGCGAGCCAUCAUCAUAGAGCCAGAGACGAGGGGCAAAUACAUUGUUUGCUUCGACCCUUUGGACGGCUCCUCCAACAUCGACUGUCUGGUCUCCAUUGGAACCAUCUUUUCCAUCUACAAAAAGACCACAGAUGAUGAGCCCAGUGAGAAGGACGCUCUGCAGCCUGGCACUGCCCUCGUGGCAGCAGGCUACGCCCUCUACGGCAGCGCCACCAUGAUGGUGCUCUCCACCGGCCGGGGAGUCAACGGCUUCAUGCUCGACCCAGCCAUUGGAGAAUUUAUCCUGGUCGAUCGGGAUGUGAAGAUCAAGAAGCGAGGCAAGAUUUACAGCGUGAAUGAGGGUUACUCAAAGUACUUUGACCCCGCUGUUACAGAGUACCUGCAGAAGAAGAAGUUCCCUCAGGACGGCACUGAGCCCUACAACGCCCGUUACAUUGGCUCCAUGGUGGCAGACGUCCACCGAACACUGAUGUACGGAGGCAUCUUUUUAUACCCAGGAAAUGCAAAGAACCGUGAAGGAAAGCUGCGGCUGCUGUACGAAGGCAACCCCAUGGCCUUCAUCAUGGAGCAGGCAGGCGGCAUGGCCUCCACCGGCUACGAGCGCAUUCUGGACAUCCAGCCUCAGAGCAUCCACGAGCGCUCUCCCGUGGCUAUGGGCUCCCCUGACGACGUCCUGGAGUACAUCGCCAUCUGUAAGAAGCAUGCCAAGAAGUGAGACCACACUGACUCACUCACAACCAUCUCUGUCUGACGAGAUACCUCGUACCUCCAAACUGGAAUCCUGCCUCAUUUUGAGCUUGAUGUAAUUGUGUCUUGUCUUAAGCCUGAAAACUGUGAGGGGGUUUUCUCAGUUAAAACACAAAUUUGAAGUACAAGGUUUUUAACUCCAUACCAGCAACGUUCAUGUUUUAUUUAUAGAAAGCUGACGGAUAAUCAAAGAAGGUGGUUCAGUGGAAACAUUAAAACUGUGGUUCAUAAGCUCUGUUAUGCACACAAACGCACACAUUCCACAAAUAAACUACCAAAGACUAAAAUUGUGCCAAAAACAAAUGCACUUGAAUCAACUCCUGUUUACCUCCAGCUGUGCCUUUUUAAUUAGAAUGAGGAUACUUUGUAGACGUGUGAAGGACCAGAUGCAAGAAAACCUGAUGCCUUUUUUAUUCUGUGAACAACUACUGUUUGAAAUGAUUUGAAUGAAGUCUCUCAAUAAAUCCAAAUGAGUCUACGAAGACAGAA